CAGGAAACUACUCAGCACAAAGUCAGAGUCACUCAGAUGGAACAAGGACUCUGUGUGUGCUGUAAAGCUGGCCAACAUUUAUUAAGAAUGGGAACUCUGCCAAGCCUGACGACAGGCUGUUCUCCCUCCUGCAGCCUGCCAGGGGAUGGGAAUACACGCUGAGCUCAUCCCUGGGCUGCCUGACCGGUGGCAUCCAACAACAUAAUCCUCGCGGGGAACACAUUACUGGGCCAUUAGGCCAACUCUUCCACCUUCACUGCAUGCCUCUAGGUUUCCCAUUCAACCCAUUCCCUUUUCCAGCAGCAACUUUUCCAUCAGAAAUUAAUCCCAAACAAUUACAAUUUAUUGAAAUAGAAUUCAACUGGAUUAGUCCUAACCUUCAGCCUCUGUAAAUCUCACCUUUAUCCCCCUUUCACCUCAGCGUUUAAACAUAGCAACCCCCCUUCAGUACUUCUCUUCUGAGGAGAUGGUUGCCAGAUUGGACCCCGUACAUCAGGGCAAACUUUUCUUCCAACUGACAAGGAGGCACUUGACUCUGUUAUUGUUUAUGAAGAGAAAGCUGGGGUCAAGUUCACAGGCUGGGAGAGAAAAAGAGAGGGAGAAAGUCUGUUCCAGCUCCAGCCCCAGGAGGGGAAGCAUAACUCAGCCGUGUUUGUGCUUCCCUAAUACCUUUUGAUUUUGCAGAAAAUUGUGAGCUAAACUGCAUCGCACAAAUAUUCGCCAGAGCUUAGCUUCUUUGCCUCACCUCGCCGCCUCUCGCAAACCUGUACCCACUCUGCUCUGUCUGGUCGUGCAUGUGCUUCUCUCUGAAAACAAAGACAGUAGCUGCCUGUCUGGCCAGCUCUAAGCAGAAAUACAAAUGUCUACAAAAGUAGCUUAGCUUUAACACCAGCUUUGGCAUAAACACGGGGAACUGUUUUCUCAAGCUUUUUGAAGAAGUAACACUUUGCAGCAGCUAUUGCUAAUUCUAAUAGUUUCAAUUCCGACAGGGAUUUUUCCCGAUUUGUUUACACGUUUGCUAGAAUUAAUGGGGUCAGCUGAAGCAACUGCGGUAUUCCUAUUUUCCAACGUCAGAGGCCUACAAAUGUUCAGCUCCGGGCUGAUGAAAACUGCAUUUGUGCAUGUCAAAAAGUCAAGAAGUGGUUCUUGAGCUUGUGAAAGAUCUCUGGAUGCUUCCGAGGUCUUUUUAUCUGUCAGGAGCGAUUUGAGAGGAUGACAGGACAACGGCCAAAAACUGAAGACAACAUGAACGCACAAACAAACAUGGGAAUGAAGGGUUGUAAAACAAAGGCGCCAUCAUUAGUUCUAAUCAUUUCUGUCUGUGGUCACGGAUCAACGGCGCACAAUAGGACCCUCUCCACCUCAGCAUCAUCACCACCCCUCCAGCCAGCACGUAUACGCACACACGCGCGCACCUUUCUCCAUCCAUCCUUUUUAAUAUCUCGUUCCUCGUCAAACUCUGUAACCCCUUCUUCUGCCCAAUGAGCGAGAGGAGUUAUCAGCGGCGAGCCCUCCCUCAUGUCUCUCUCUCUUUCUCUCUCUCUCCCUCUCUCUCUCAGCUCAGACACUGUCCACCGUGCACUAAUAAAGGAGAGAUCCGGUGCAAGCAUCCGACCCAGCACACAGCCGACAGAACCGCAGUCUCUCGUCUGAAAACACUUGGCUCCAGCUCUGAUUCGGACCCUACUUUUGCCCCUGAACCAAGUUAAAAACAAAAUAAACAAACAAAACGAAAACAAGGAUAAGUGUUUGUGCGGGAACUAACUACCGACACUUGUUGCUCGCCUCUCCAGGUAAACCUCCUGUUGGCAUCCAGAAGCUCUCAGUGGAGAGUCUGGUGCGCACAUGGCACCGACGACGCGCUCCUCUCUUUGCUGACAGCCGCGCUACUUGAAGCCGCACAUUGGAUAAUGAGGCCUCCCUGCUUGAGGAAAAGUCAUGUUGGGGUUAAACAGGAUUCCCGGUCUCCGUGCAGCUCAGAUUCAGCGCUGUGGUUCGCCGGCGGGAGCUAGACUCUCACCCCGAUCUUCUUCAUGCCAGAACGCCGGUGCCAGUUCGAGGAUUUAUUGCGCGUGUCUGUUGCUGUUGCUGCUUGUGACGCCUCGGGUGGACUCCUCAUGGUGGUAUAUCGGCGCACUCGGUGCCCGUGUAAUCUGUGACAACAUCCCCGGCCUGGUGAACAAGCAGCGGCAGCUUUGCCAACGCCACCCUGACAUCAUGCAGGCAAUUGGGGAGGGAACCAAAGAGUGGAUCAGAGAGUGCCAGCACCAGUUCAGACACCAUCGAUGGAACUGCAGCACACUGGACCGUGACCACACUGUCUUCGGACGUGUCCUGCUGAGGAGCAGCCGUGAAGCAGCAUUCGUCUAUGCCAUCUCCUCAGCAGGAGUAGUCUACGCGCUCACUCGAGCCUGCAGCCAGGGGGAGCUGAGGACGUGCAACUGCGACCCACACAAACGCGGACGAGAUAAAGAUGAUAGAGGAGAGUUUGACUGGGGUGGCUGUAGCGAUAACAUCAACUACGGGAUAAAGUUUGCCAAAACAUUCAUAGAUGCCAAAGAGAGAACGGUCCGAGAUGCUCGGGCACUCAUGAACCUGCACAACAACCGCUGUGGCAGAACAGCGGUGAAGCGCUUCAUGAAGCUGGAGUGUAAAUGUCACGGAGUAAGCGGCUCUUGCACGCUACGGACAUGCUGGAAUGCUAUGUCAGACUUCAGAAAGACGGGUGACUACCUGAGGAGAAAAUACAACGGGGCUAUCGAGGUGAUGAUGAAUCAAGAUGGGACAGGUCUCACUGUAGCUAACAAGGACUUCAGGAAGCCUACCAAAAAUGACCUGGUGUACUUUGAGAGCUCUCCGGAUUACUGCCUGCAAGACAAAGCAGCAGGUUCCCUGGGCACAGCCGGACGGGUCUGCAAUAAGACAUCGCGCGGCACAGACGGCUGUGAGGUCAUGUGCUGUGGGCGUGGCUACGACACCACGAGAGUCAAGCAAAUCACCAAGUGCGAGUGCAAGUUCAAGUGGUGCUGCUCUGUGGAGUGUAAGGACUGUGAGGAAGCUGUAGACAUACACACAUGCAAGGCUCCCAAACGAGCUGAAUGGCUGGACCAGACCUGAGGACACGCCCCCUACGCUCCCUGCAAUGCAACCCCGCCCCUUUCCCCUGUGCAGGAUAUCCUGUGGAACACGGCAUUCUGGGAAAGUUUGUCCAAAAGUGCUCUGCAUCUCCGCCUUCCCCUCCCCUCCCCGCAACCUCGACUCAAUGCAUGGCUUUUCUACCUGUCUCUGUGAAAGCACUAGAAUUCAGUACCCGUCAAUAUGAAUUAAUACCCAUUAGCUCCUGUUUGUGAACGGUCCUGUGACUGAACUGCUGGGAUCAGAUGAACAGUGAUACCAGUGAUACCACCUUUGGGGUUCAGGUGGAUUAGGCUUUCACUGAAGAUUCAGUUCUUGGGUUAAAAAUGGUUUGCUGCUUUCAUGAUGCUUUAAAGACUAAUUUUUACAUUAACUGAGCCUUCAAACAUAUCCAGUAUUAUUACAACAACAUCAUAUACUCACAUAACGUUGCUUCAUUUUGGGGGAAAUACACUUUUACCUAAAAACGAAAAAGAAAAAAGAAUACUAGGUUGGACUUGGUAAGUGCAAUUUGAGUGGACAUCUAAGUGUAAGUUUGGCUGUGUGUGGCCAAACAGUCCAAACAGAGGACUAACAGAGGACAGAGAAAUAGACAUUGUGUUAUUGGAACUUUGAAUGCGACUGCAAAAACAAAAAAGAAGAAGAAGAAGAAGAAGAAAAAAAAAGCUGUUUAAAGCGAUUUAUUUAAGCUGUAAAGUGUUGUUUCGUUUCUCAUCCGAGGAAGACGCUGCACUACAUUGGCUGACAAAAGGAGAGAGAAGAGCGCUCCCAUUACUGUGAUUAUCUGGUGUACUCCAGUUUUCAGCAUGCUGCUGAGAAGAAGAUGAAGAAAACCAAGGCCUUGAUGGCCGUUCAGUCACACCAAACCACAACAUCAGACAGAUUUCACUUCUUUGCUCUUCAUCUUGCUUGUAUAACAUUGUGUAUAUUGCCUUAUCUAAGCAGAUGUUCAUAUGAAAUAUACGGUGCAUUAGUCUGA